AUGGAUCAAAACUAUAUUUCAUAUUUUCCUGAGAGAAAACGGAGUGGCAGGUUUUGGAGAAGAUGGAUUCGUUUCAAACCAACCAAAGUCGUAAAAUAUUUGAAACAUGUUUUUAAAUCAGGUUUUACACGAAGACCAUAUUUCGCUUUGAUGUACACAAUAUUAUCAUUUCCUUUAAGCUUGCUGUAUUUUACUAUUAUUUAUGUUGGAUUCUUGAUAGCUACAAUAUUUUCUCCUGUGGUCAUUGGCAUGUUUUUGUUUGCAUUUGUGGCUUUUUUUAUUCGAUUUUUUGUGGUCAUUGAAGUCUACUUGGCAGGUUAUUUGUUGUGUAUGAGCCAUAAGAUUUUACCAAGAUUUUCAUUGGCCAAUUUCAAAGAGCAAUUUGUCGUAGGAAUUAAGGCCUUAUCGUCUAGAUCAUAUUCUAUUCCUGAAGAUGAUGAGCCCUCUUCCAAUAACAUGAAGGACGGUUUUGUCACAUCAGUUGCAUCACCAAUCAUCAACAAGAGAGAUCCAAAAACAUCAACUGAAAUUUCUGUGUCACAAAACACCUACAGUUCAUACAAUAUUUCGUUAGCAACACAAGAAACACCCAGAGCAAUUAAUGAUCCUUACAGAGAUUUUUUUACUACACCACCAUCCAGAAGCGUAGAGUUCAUAUCACCAACCUCACCAUUGAAACAAGCAGUUCAGAACUCAAAUAUGGAUGAAGCUUUUCAUCAUUAUGACUCUGAUUAUUCUGACGAUUCGGUUGAUUCUAUUCAUUCGCCCACUUCUCAUAAUUCUUACUAUUAUCAGCACUAUGGUGCAAUGCUUGGAAGAUCAUUAGAUGUUCAUGGAAGUGUCAGACCAUUGCAAAGAAGCCAUACCAAUAUUCUUCCAACAUCUGCCUCUCAUCAGCCCACUCAACCACAAGAAACUACUAAUCUAAUCCAACAAUAUGAAGACACAGAAACGAAAGUUGAAGAGAAAAAUGAGGAGUCCCUCAGUUUGUGGGAUAAGGCAAAAAGAUUCUAUAAUAAUUGUUAUGACUUCACAUUUUGUAAAGAAGUUGGUUUUGGGCUGCUGUACUUUACUAUGAAAGUACCAAUUUCACUAUUUGCAUUUUUUACCUCCUUAAUAUUAAUUGCAAUUCCUGUGUGUGCUGUGGCCUUUCCAUUAUUUCACAUAAUUUGUAGUGCGUCGGAUGCCAGCAAAUCAAAUUUCUGUAAAGUAGUCAUGUCAGAAACACAUGAAGAACCGUAUACAUAUAUAGCUUGGACAUUGUGGUUCUCUUAUUCUAUUGUUGGAAACGUUUUGAUUGUUUUAUUUGGUAUUAUUACAUUCCCUUUCUGCAUUUAUGGAUUGAGGUUUGUAACGAGGUUCAGUAGAGAGGCAAUUUUACUUGUGAGCAAAACGGUUAAUGAGUCAUAG